AGCUUAUUUGAAGAUAUCCGACCUUACGGCUUAUGCGGAGAAGUGGAGGAUUUUAGCGAGAGUGACAAACAAGUCCCCAAUAAGGGAGUAUACAAAUGCUCGUGGGCAAGGGAAGCUGUUCAACGUGGAUUUAAUCGAUGCCGAUGGAGUAGAAAUACGUGCAAGCUUCUUCCAGGAUGCAGUAGACAAGUUCUACUACCAACUAGAGGUGAAUAAAGCGUUCUUAUUCUCUAACGGGUCCAUUAAGCCUGCAAAUCCUCGUUUUAAGCGUUUCGACCACCCUUGUGAGCUGACCUUCGGUUCGGACGCUGAAAUUGUUCCAGCACCCCAGGAAGAGGUCGCCACGAUUCCUAAGACUACUCUAGCUCCAAAAGAACUGAAAGCCAUCCUGUCUAUGAACGUUAAUGAUACGUUGGAUGUAAUUGGUGUCUGUAAUAGGAUAUAUCAAACCUCAAUCAUUACAGUACGGUCUACCGGUGCUCAAAAGGAAAAGAGAAGCAUCAGCAUUGUUGACAGCAGUGGAUAUGUUUGCGAUGUUACUCUUUGGGGUAAUGAUUGUCAUUUGAUCCCUGAAAACAUUGACGACGGUUCAAUGGAGUAUUACGUGGCUAUCAAGCGUGCUAGGGUAGAAGAAUUCAAUGGCAGACGAUUAUCGAGUAAUACGGGAAAUAUUCAAGUAUUUGCCUACAAUUUGACUAAAAAUACCUGGGAUACAGACGAAUUAUUGUUGCUGGAAGCAAUUAUGGAGCUACAGAAAUGGUACAGUGAGAAUAACGCACGGCAGUUCACGAAAGUGUCUAAUAACUCAUCAACAGGUUCGGGCCAAAAUGUGUUCGGCGGCGGUAUGCAAACGAUUUCUGAAUUGCAUCAGCAAUGUCAAAAUUCUACUGAGCUUCAAAAUAAUGGUUUGUAUUUCAAUGUGGUAGCGUCUAUUGUUGAAACAAACGUAACUACUCAUAAAAAGUUUUAUUGGACGUCUUGUCCUUCUUGUAACAAGAAGGUCACGUCCCUAUCAGAUGGAGCGUUAGGUGGUGGCUUAGAUGAUGACUCAUAUCACUGCGAUAAUUGUAAUAUGGAAGUAAAGGAUCCCGAACGCAAAUAUAUCUUCCAGUUGACGAUACAAGACGCGACGGAUACAUUGCGAUUAUCGGUGUUAGGAGAAAGUGGUACGGAGCUUAUUGGAAUGUCCGCUAACGACGUGGAAAUGCUAAAGUACCGUCCUGGAAUAGAGGGACAGGAGUUCUUAGAUGUGUUUAAUGAUCUAAGACGAUCAGAAUACAUAUUCAGAAUUCAAGCUAAAAAUGAAACAUGGCAAGACGAGACCCGGCUUAAAUACAGAUUAAUGAGCUCAGAAAAAAUACAAGGCGAUACUCUAACCACUUUAUGUAAAAAACAAGCCGCAAUGAUUGACGAACUAUUACGAUAA